AUGGCAUUGCUAAAUGGAGAGCAAUCUACAGAGCUUCUUCGAGCUCAAGCUCACAUUUGGAACCACAUUUUCAACUUCAUAAAUUCUCUGUCUCUCAAGUGUGCAAUCCAACUAGGCAUACCCGAUAUUAUCCAUAAACAUGGCAAACCAAUGACACUGCCCGAACUAGUCGAUGCCCUCCAUAUGAACGAAGCAAAAUCUCAAUUUGUCUCCCGCCUAAUGCAAAUUUUAACCCAUUCAGGGUUCUUCAUCAACGCCAAAAUCUCCGAGAAUGAAGAAAAUAUGGAAUAUUGGCUUACAUCAGCUUCUCAUCUCCUCUUAAAAGACGAGCCACUGAGCGUGACACCAUUUUUACUAGCCAUGCUUGAUCCGGUUUUGACAGAGCCAUGGCAUCAUCUAAGCGAGUGGUUUAAAAGUGAUCAGAAUCCCACGCCAUUUGAUACUAAACAUGGGAGGAUGUUUUGGGAGUAUGCUGCGCAGGAGCCAAGGUUGAACAGCUUCUUCAAUGACGCCAUGGCUAGUGACGCACGGUUGGUGACUAGUGUGCUUAUUAGAGAUUGUAAACAUGUAUUUGAAGGUUUGAAUUCGAUUGUAGAUGUGGGAGGUGGAACAGGAACUUUGUCCAAGAUUAUUGCUGUUGCAUUUCCUAACUUGAAAUGCACUGUGCUUGAUCUUCCACAUGUUGUUGCCGGCUUGGAAGGGACUAAGAACUUGAGCUAUCUUGGGGCCGACAUGUUUGAAUCGAUUCCUUCUGCAGAUGCAAUCUUACUCAAGUGGAUAUUGCAUGACUGGAGCGAUGAAGACUGUGUCAAAAUACUGAAAAAAUGCAAAGAAGCAAUUCAAAGCACUGAUAAAGGAGGAAAAAUCAUAAUUAUUGACAUGAUCGUAGACAUCCAAAAAGAAGACAACAAGGCAAUUGAAACACAACUCCAUUUCGAUAUGUUGAUGAUGACUCUUGUCACCGGGAGAGAAAGAAAUGAGAAAGCAUGGGCAACAAUCUUCAAUGAUGCUGGCUUUACUGAUUACAAAAUAAUCCCCGUAUUGGGAUUGAGGUCUGUUAUUGAGGUUUAUCCUUGA